CAACAACCUCCUGACUUAUGAGAAUGAAGUGUUGUUCACAUCUUACCGGUUGAGAGUUGCCUGUCACUACCUGGUCAAUGACACCAAGGUAGUACAGUUCUUGUACCAGAAUAAUCCUGCACCUGUAGCCCAGCCUGGCUUGGGGGACCUUGCAGUCAUCAUGCGGCUUGCAUUGGAUUCAACCUACAAUGACUUCUAUGGAGCUCGGGAUUACCCUGUUGUGAAGUACUUGCGAAGACCCUUGUAUUUUGAGGUAGAGCUCCUGUACAGCAGGGAUCCACAGGCUGAAUUGUUUUUGGAGAACUGCUGGGCAACCUAUUCUGUUGACAGGAAUAGCUCUCCAAAGUGGGAUGUCGUUGUGGACAGCUGUGAGAACUCUGCAGAUGAGUACUUGACCAUCUUUCACCCAGUGUCCAGCAAUGCAAGAGUGCUGUUCCCUUCCCAUCUGAAGAGGUUUGAAGUGAAAAUGUUUUCCUUCACAAGCGGCCGGGAUGCACUGAAAGGACAGAUUUACUUCCACUGCAGUGUUGUGAUAUGUGAUUCAAACCGGCCAUCAGACAGCCUCUGUAGCAGACGGUGCAUUCCAGGGAAACAGAGGCUUGGUCGCAGUGCUGAAGGGAUGGAUGGUGGUGCAGUAAAGGUGUUUGUGUCUUCUGGCCCAAUUGAGCUGAAGAGAGAUGGAUCCCUUCACUUUAUGCCUAGAAGCGCCCAAUUCAAUGUGUGGUCCCUUCUGGGAGCUGCAAUGGGUGUGUGUUCAGUGGUUAUCUUCAUAGCUGGAGUUGUAUCUUUCUGGAAACUGCCAAAAAGUGUGUGUUGAUAAAUAAAAAUCUUGCUUGUAAAAGCUUA